CGACGAAAGAAGUAGAUCCAAGACCGAAGAGCGCGCUAUUAACAUGCGCAAUAUCAGAACAAGAAUGACCCAACGUUGAUAUGGAUAUCUCUUGGUUCUCUCCUGCUCAAAAAUACGUUCAUCAGUUGGAACAAGCGCGGCCACCAGCAGCACGACGUGAGGACCCGAGCGUAAACACGGGAUCGGCCCCCAGCCUUCCGCCAAGCGAUUCAACCUCCCGUAGAGGCGCAACCAUCAUAAAUUGCCUAGCACCGUAAAAAAACCCGGCAUCGCCACUUCAAGAUGGACCUGUUAAACGAAACCGCGCGCAUCUAUGGCGUUCUCAACUGUUACAUUCUCAACUGUUACAUGAAUUUGUGAUGCAAGAAUGGCAAAAGUGAUAGGAGAGAUCUUGCGCGUCUUGCAUGACAGAUUUGGCGCCGAUUAUCGGCCUGCUUGGCCCUCUGAGAAUUUGUCAUGCGAAGCAGCUUGAUGGUGUAGAUUCUGUAGGCAAUUCUGCAUGACAAAUCAUGUAACAGUUGAGAAUGUAACGUUUGAGAACGCCAUAGCAUCUGGGUGGAGAACCACCCGACACUCGGGUGGUGCGCGGCGCGCGUUGACGGGGUAGAUGACGACGGCAACUACAUCGCGGUAGACGAAGAGGUAUGCAUUGAAAAAGUAUCGUACUAGUAAGACUAGCAUUACAAAUAUUUCCAGAAGGAAAAAUGAAAUUUGUAAUGCUGCAUGAGCUAAGGAACCAGAUUUGUCAUGCAUAACAGCAAUUAAGAGUGCGAUACUUUUGCGCUGCAUAACAGGGGCAGCAGUUCAAGGUCCCCCAGGACAAAGCCACGAGCGUCGAUCCCUCGUGUCUGAAGGGCGUCCAGGACUUGCUCACCCUGGGGGAUUUCAACGAGGGCUGCCUGCUGCAGAAUAUCCGGCUGCGGUACUUCGAGGACAAGAUCUACACGGGGAUCGGCGCGCCCAUUCUGGUGUCGCUGAAUCCCUACCAGAAGCUGACGACGCUCUACUCACCCGAAACCAUGGCAGAGUACCGCAGACUGUCUUCGGUAUCAUGCACUUUUUAGUUCUUGUUACAAGUGUUCUUCGUCAUCGUCGUGUUUUUGCCGCUACUGCGGUUGAACAUUUUUUCAGGUACAAAUGGAUUCAUUCUACUAACUUAAACUCGUUUUACCAUAUCAAUUGUACUCUUUGACGACCUUGUUGAGCAUCCUGUUCACAAAAGAUGCUGCGUUACUACAUAGGUCCGCAAGCAAAACCGCGACCUGAGUGUGGCCCCGCAUCUGUUCAGCGUUGCUUCGGAGUGUUACGACACGAUGCUGGAGGAGCGGUUGAAUCAGUCCAUCAUCAUCACGGGCGAGUCGGGCGCAGGCAAAACUGAGGCGACAAAGCGGAUUUUGAACUACGUCGCCAACAUCCAGACACCAGCGUCCGCAACGGCAACUUCUGCUGGAACCACGGCAGCUUCAUCGCCCGCGGUUGGCUCUUCCGCCUCGUCUUCCUCCACAGGAGGAGGCCCUGCGAGUUCUAGUUCUAAGCGGAGUAUCGAAGACCAGGUGUUGAAGAGCAACCCGAUUCUGGAGGCGUUUGGGAAUGCCAAAACGGUCCGGAACGACAACAGUUCGCGUUUCGGCAAGUUCAUCGAGAUUCAGUUCGACGCGCAGGGCAAACUGCGGACGGCGAACAUCCGGAACUACUUGCUGGAAAAGUGCCGUAUGAAAUGCAAAUAUGUCUGGGUCUGGAUGAGUACAAGGUUUGUCAUGCAUAUUUUCCAUGCGUCGUGACGUGAACGUGAUGUCUGUGAUGCAUGCCUAGCAUCACAGAUUCUGCGAGAGCUUUCUGAUGCUCCUACCGCAUGAGAAAUGCCGUCUUUGCGUAGCAACAACUGGACCUCUUAUUUUCCUGUUCAUGCAAAAAUACAGAUUUUAUGUAGAAUCCAAUGGCAGCAUCACAAGUUGUUGCACCCUUCCAUACCCAGACACAUUUACAUUUGAUAUGCCGGAUCACAGCGCAACAGGCGAACGAGCGGAACUACCACGCCUUUUACUUUCUGCUCGCCGGGGCGCCGGAGAAACUGUUGGCGCAGCUGCAUCUAACGUCCGAAUCCGUGCCAGAGGAUUUCGACUUCGUCUCCGUCUGCAGCGUCAUCGAGGGUGCGGAAUUCUCCGACGAGGAAGAAUUUUUGAACGUGCAGGACUGCCUGCACCGGCUGAAGUUCAGCAAGGACGAGAUCGAAACGCUGUGGAAGUGCUGCGCGGCGGUUCUGCUGCUGGGGAACGUGGAUUUUCUGGAGACCCCGGUGGACGGCUCGGAGGACAACGUGGAGAUUGCGGACCACGAGAGUGUCUGUCCGCCCAUCUGCGACUUGCUCGGGAUACAAGUGGACGCGUUGCGCGGGGUGCUGCGGUCGAAGAAGUUUUACGACCCGAUCUCCAAGGCGAUGUUCACGUCGCCGCUGCGGGUGGAGCAGGCAAAGCAGGUGAAGUUGUCGAUCGCGAGAACGCUCUAUUCCCGCAUGUUCGACUGGAUUGUCUCCCGGAUAAACAGCAGCAUGCAAGAGGAAAACAAAGCACAGGGAACGUCAAAUUCUGGCGGUGCAGCGACUCCAUCAGGUGGAAAUCCAAGCGCCGCGGGCCGCGCGUCCGCCACUGGGAGCAGUUCGUCUACCGGUCGCGGGGCGGCAGCGAGGCAGGCCGCGCAGGAUGCUAGCGGGCACAAGGUCGGGCUGCUGGACAUCUACGGGUUCGAAGUGUUUGAAUGGAACUCGUUCGAGCAGCUGUGCAUCAAUUUUGCGAACGAGAAGCUGCAGCAACACUUCAACAGUCACAUGUUCCGCAUGGAGCAGAAGCUGUACACGGAGGAAAACAUCAACUGGAAUCACAUCACGUGUAUGCAUUGCAAAACUAUCGUACUAGUAUAAAUCGCAUGACAAAUAAGUUUUCCAGAAGGAAAAAUGGAAUUUGUCAUGCAGAUUCAGGUAAGAGAGGAAGACUAGAUCUGUAAUGCAAGGCUGUCAUUUAUACGAGUGCGAUACUUUUGCUGAGGAUAACGUGGCUGGACAACCAGGAAGUAAUCGACGCACUGGAGAAGAAGCCGAACGUAUCAAAAGGAAAAAUCCCCCCUCCCCAUAUCAAAACGGAAAUCUGUGAUGCAGAUUUGUUGUCACAAAUAAGGUUUGUCAUGCUACACGGGAAAAGAUGCGGAGGCGGACUGUAGUGCUGGGUGGCGUGGGGGAGCCUUGCAUCUUCAGCAUGAUAGGAGGCAGCUGAGAGUGGGAAACAGCAUGACAAAUUGCCUGCAAACGAGACCACGACUGCGGCUCUUGGCCUUCUAGCGUGACAAGUCGAUUUGGUACCUCAAAUCCUGCAUCACAGAUUUCCAUUUCGAUAUGGGGAGGGGGGAUUUUUCCGUUUGAUAGAACGGCGUGUUUCCCCACCUGGACAGCACGUGUCUCGGGCCGAACGCCACCGACGCCGCGUUUCUCCAGGCGUUGUACACGAAGCCGGCGAAGCCCAACAUCAUUUACAACCCCUCGAAGCAGAAAACGGACCUGUUCGGGGUCGCGCACUACGCCGGCGAGGUUUUGUAUUCCGUCGACGGGUUUUUGGACAAGAAUUAUGAGAAACAGACGGACGAAGCGCUGGAAAUUCUCCGGGAAAGCAAGAACGACCUGAUAAAGAAGUUCAUGGAGUUUUCCAGUUCUGGCACUGCUGGUGGAGCGGAUAACUCCUCCUCUUCUGCUGCAACUUCUUCUGCCGGCGCAAGCAGAUCCUCGACCGCGGGGCGCGGAUCCGUCGGCAUGCGCGGAAGCCGGUCGAUGACGAGCGGGGCCCGGGGCAGCGCCAGUGCGACGGACAAAAUCAAGGGCCCCCAGGGGACCGUGUCCAGCACGUUUCGCGAACAGCUGGACGCGCUGGUGGCGGACCUGAACAAAACGCAUCCGCGUAUCCUGCGUAAAAACGUACCCACACCAUAGUCAAGAUGGGGAAUCGGCUAGACAAAUCCACAAGUUUUGGCUGUUUAGCAUGACAAAUUUGGACUCGUAUUGUAGUGCUGUUUGAGCUAGCUCAGGAGCAUCACAGAUCUAGCAUACCAUGCUGAUUGGAGCAUGACAAAUUGCAAAACACGACUAUAAAAUGCUUCUCAUGGGGCUCCGCAUGAGAAACAUUUUCAGCAUGCAUGUCCCUAUUGAUGGGUUUUAUCUUUCUCUUCCUCAGGAAUGUAUGGAUAUAUGUAGAAAAGAGGUAAAUUUAAAUGAAGAGAAAGAUAAAAAAGAAAAAAGACUGAUUGGACUCAGACAAGCUUCUUUGUUUUUCAGUGCCACUUGUUACACCCGGAAUACGCUCAAGUGCCAACAGGGCGAGAGCCCUGCAAGACCGGGCGUCAAAAUAAGUCCAGACGGGAAAAACGCCAAAGAUACCCGCGCCUUCUGCUUAACUGUGUGAAAUAUUGUGUCGGCCCGGUUCUGCUCAGACAGGCUGGAUCCCGUAGAUCAGAUUUCACAUGUUAAGUAACGCACACCGGCCUCCUAGCAAAAAACUAAUGAUGAAUUUAUAUGAGCAAAGUGAUGAAGAUAGAGCGCAGCGGCUUACUGCGCAGCGUCGGUUCGUGCACGUGUGUCGCCCUUCGUUCGUUGCUUCCAGGAGCAUGAUCGCAAAUUCGUACGCUCCUCCUGCUUUGAAAAAAAAAAUCCGAUCUUCCCGUCUGCCCCCAUCUUCCCAUGUAGAGUUAGGUCUCUGCCCUUUUAUUGCUUCUCUCGUGUAGAUGUGUUGUUGUUUUACCUGACUCGCCUUCUUAGCGCUAGCCCGCGUAGCCCGCGUCCUUGCAGGGGCAGCUGUUUUUUUUCCGCCUUGCCAGCGGGUUUUGUCGCGGGGAAGAAAGCAAUCUGGGUUCAACGGUCCCCGCCCCCCCAUCAUCGUGGGUUCGACGGCCCCCGCCCCAAAGGAGACCACUUAGAAAUAUUUUUUUUGUAGAGUGCAAAUUUUCACUGCGAUCAACCGUUCACCAUCGGCUGAAGCUGCACAUGCAUCCGGAGUAGUUUUGAAAAAUUAACUUUAUUGCCCGCGGCUUACGGGUUUCGUCUAAAGGUUCUUCGUCAGGGUGCGCGGUUUCUAUUAUUGGCGUUCGGCUUGGUCGCACCCUAUGGCUAGUAUCUGAGAUCAGAAGACCAUUUAUUUCGGGGGACAGUAGCGCGCGAAAAAAGUUCGUCGCGGGGGCACCCCGCAUGGUUCGUUUUUAUAUGCUUUCCGCACCAUGCAUCGAUGGCCGGGGGUUCGGUCGUGUUUCCCGCUGGGCUUUUCAAACGCGGGUUUGCAAAGCCCGUUUGCAUAGGGCGUUCCCAGUAUCCGCGUUUACAUAGAUCCCGGAUAUCGCCCCCUAUGGGCAACUAUCUCCCUAGACAGUGGCUCCUCCCUAUCUUUACUACCGUCAGGUGCAGCGGCUUUCUGCACAUAGCGCCUAGUCUCGACCCAUAUCGACCCCCCUUGCUAUUCGUCCCACAGCAUAGCAACGUCCGCCGCGGCUUACGGCUAUAGACGUUAACUAUAUCGUGGGGAUUUUCUAUGCGUGUGUCCGGUCCGAGUUCGAAAAAGGGUUCAGGGGUGACCCCCCUGUAUGCAUGCGGAUUUAUGCUUCCGAAGGGUUUAGGGUUUUGAUUUGUAUGGACCAAUGCGGCGCGCACAUCGAGUUUCCUGGCAGUGUCGACCUGCUGUACACGGCGUAACCCCCGGCGGAAAUAGACCGGAAAACGCAUCUGAAACUGAAACUGAAACUAUGAGAAAGAGGGGCCUAAUCAAAAAAAAAAAAAGAUUUGCAUUACAAGUAUGGGGUGGGUACGUUUUUACUCAGGAUACCGCGGUACAUCCGCUGCAUCAAGCCCAACGCGAACAAGGCUAUGACCUGCUCAAACGUUACAAUCUCAAAUCGGUUACCAUAGAAUCUGGAAUUUGUGUUGCAUGAUGGGCAUGACAGACUCGCACAGCGUUCCACCUUUUGCAAUACAAAUUUCGACAGAAUGUAGUGGGCUUUCGAGACCCGGAACUUGUCAUGCGCAACCCUAUGAGAGUUGGCUGGAUCAUGCUCAUCAUGCAAGACAAAUCUCAGAUUCUAUUGUAACGCUUGAGAUUGUAACGCCUGAGCGGGUUAUAAAGGCGGCGCACGACUUUGACUCGAUCGACGUGUUGCGGCAGUUGCGGUGCGCGGGAAUGCUGGAAGCAAUACGGAUUCGGCGCGCGGGGUACAGUGUGCGUCGACCGUUUCGGGAGUUUCUCAUGAAGUACGGCCGCCUGCAUGCGCAGUUGAAGGUAUAGCUUUAGAGACGACGUGGAGCUGAUUUGUGUACUAAGUUGUGAUUCAGUUUCUGUGUUAGUUUGUCUCUGUACUAAAUGAAAAAUAGUAAAUUUCCCGAUCCACCAUUGCAUGGAGCACGAAAAAGAACUCGAAAAAAUCGAGGUCAAAGGCGCAAGCGAGGCGGACCACAAGGGCCUGUGUACGAAGCUUCUGGAAUAUCUCGAGACCAAGCUGAACACCAAGGAAAAGAUUGGCGAACACAGCUGGCAGAUCGGGCGGAGCAAGGUUUUUUUAAAGGAAGAUUUGCAGAAGCUGCUCGAAUCAGAGCUGAACGCGGUGAUAACGGAGUUCUGCGUGAGAAUUUCCAAGAUGUACCGCGGCUACGCCUGCCGAUCGAAAUAUCGAAAGCAGCGAAAAGCCGCGGUCGACAUCCAGGCCUUCUGCAAGUGCCUACUCGCCGUCCGGCGGUGUCAAGCAGAGCUGCAGAAGAAGCGCGCAGCGACAAAGCUGCAGGCGAAGGCCAGGGGCUGGAAGGAAAGACGGAUUUUUUCAAAGACCAAGAAGUCGAUCCUGCAGGUGCAAACGCGUUGGCGGGGCGUGCUGGUCCGGAUUCAUCUUGGUGACUUUCGCACGCUGAAAGACAAGCGCGACGCCGAGCGAGCGAGACAGAAGAUCCAGCGACAGCAGGAAGACGCAGAAAGAAAAGCCUUGCAGGAGAAGGUUCGAGAACAAGAAUUGCAGCUGGAAGAAUCGAAGAAACAAGCCACACUAGAGGCAGAAGAAAGGAUAAAAAAAGAAGCGGAGCAACGGGAGAAGCUGGAGAAGGUAAAGAUUUCUUUACGAUUCCAAGUUUUUUUUCUGGCUUUCCUGAACGUGCGCUCGGCCUGUCAUUGCUGACUUGCAUUCAUAAGUACUUUCUUCUAGUCUCUUGCCCACUAAUGAAAAGUUCCCCGAGUAAAUGGACACUUGCCGAUCCGAAUUCCAAAAAUUUCAAACAAAACAGGAAAAGCAACUUGCAGCGGAUCGAAAGCGGCAAGAGCAGGAACAAGCUGCCGCUGCGAAACUGCUUGAAGAGAAAAAGGCUUUCGAGGAACAGGAAGCGCAGCGGAAGAGAGAGUUCGAGAAGGAGCGCGAGAAGCUGAAACAGGAGCAGGCCAAACUCCGGGAGGAGCGCUCCGCCGCGGAAAAAGAGACCGGCUCGACGAUUCGGCAGCUGCAGGGUGAAGUCACACGACUACAGGCGGAUCUAGAGUUUUCGCAGGAGACUUCGGAGAAGUACAGGAAAGACGCGGCGAUGUACCGGGAGGAAAUGGAGAAAGCCGCGGAUGUGGCGACCACGAACAGUAAGAAGCAACAAGAAGAGUUGAAAGACGUUCGUCGGCAGCUCGUCGACCUGCGGGACCAGGUGCGCACUUUGGACGACGAGAAGCAGCGAAAAACCGAGGAAGCCGCGAACGCGCAGCUCAUGCUGGAGGCGAAAGAGACGGAACUGCAGCUGAGCUCGACGGAGCUCCGGAAACUCACCCAGGAACAGGGUAGCAAAGAGCAGCGAAUCACGGAACUGGAAGACGAACUGACGCAGCAAAGUAACUCCGCAGACGACAAAGUCCGCGAUUUGGAGCGGGCUUUGGAGGAGGCGAAGUUCAACAACGAGACGUUGGAACGCAGUAAAAAGACCCUGCAGGAGCUUUGCAGCACCAACGCGGACGAAAGUCGCAGCAGGAUCGCGGAUCUGGAGGCCGCGGUAAGGAAAUUGAAAAACGAAAUUGACGACGCGAACAAAGCCCGCGACGACAUGCAGAUCGAACUGGAGUUCAACCAGAAAAAACUCGAAGACUUGCGAGAAAAGCUCCUCGCGCAGGCCACCGCCCCGACGGCCGCGAAGCAGGACACAACCACUGUGACGACCGGCAGCGGCGGGAAAUCCUCACCGGAGAACGACGAGUCCCGGCCGACCAUCGCGAACCACAUGGAAUUUUUGGCCAUGUUGGAGAAGGACAAAAAGAGCAUCGAAGUUGGGGAAGUCGUGCUUGAGGAAGAGGACGGUACGCCGGCAUCCGCUGCCUCGGGAACCACGGACCAGGCCAUGCUGCGGAAGCAAUUGCAGGAACGGAACCGGAAGCUGGCGGAACAUCACGCAGCCUACACGGAUCUGAAAGCGGAGUACGACAUUAAGCGCGAGGAGAAUCGAAGGUAUAGAAGUAGUUCGAAAAAAUUUCAUGUAGGACAUCAAGUUCGGGCCUGCAAGAAAAUUCUUACAGUUCUGAGGGAGCCGCGACUCUAUGUCGUAAGUCGAGCGUUAUUGAUUCAAACGAAUCACUCAGGUACGUCAACGAACUCGCCCAACUCCGCAACGGGAAAGCGCAGUUGGAAAUGAAGCUUUCUGGCAUGGUCAGUGGCGACGAGAUGAAGGCCUUGAGAGCGGAGAAAACUGACCUCGACGCGGCCAACGCCCGACUAACUUUCUCCGUCACGAAUUUGGAAAAGCAAAAGGCCUUUUGCGAAACGAAAAUCGAGAAACUGGAAGAGGAAAUCGAGGAAAAGCGGAAAGCCAACAAGGAGCUGGCAAACAAACUCCAAUUGGCACAAUUAAAAAUGGCCAACAGCGAGGCUGACGCCGCUUCCCCCUCGGAAACUGGACCCCACGGGUCCUCCUCCUCUUCGGCGACCCACCAGGACGCGCUCACCGAGCGGGCCGACCGCGCGGAACGGGGGUACCAGGAGAUGAAGAAGGUAAAUCAGCAGUUUCGCGAGCAACUAGAGUUGCAAAUGAAGGACCUGCGAACGAAAAACGAGGAAUUACGAGCCGUGCGCCUCGAAAAGAUCCGCUUGCAGCGCGACACCGAGGAGGCGCAAGCGGAACUGCAGGGGGCACAGGAGGAACGGGAUAAGCUGGAGGGGACGAACAAAUACUACCUGGCGAAAGUGAACGAGCAGCGGGAGGAGCUCAGCAAAAUUCGGCAGGAAAACAAGAUGAUGCAAAAUGAACGACUGUCGGAAAAGUUGGAAUACGAGAAGAAAUCGUUACUCGUGGACCAACUGAAGGCGCGGAACGAGGAGCUCGUGUUAGAAACCUCGCAGCGCGGGACCGACAUACUAGCGAAAACGCUGGGCGGCGGAACGUGAGACGCCCGGAAUUUUUGCGGUUUCACAAUAAAUAAAACCCAAAUGAAUUGCAGAAAACCCGUUUCUAUACGUAUAGCUCAUCUCACUACUACAGAAGUUUCAAUACGCAAAAGUGCGCGGAUAUCCCUUUGUAUGAUUGAUACAAGACCUUCGAACUGAAGGUGGGACACCAGCACAAGCUCUGCGCUUACUUAGUUUCAAAACGAAGAGAAAGCCG